UCAUACAUUUUUAGUUGUUUUUUCUCCUGCCUAAAAUGUUUACUCUCACUUUGUCCCAGUUUUCUCUUAUCUCCAUGAAGAUUCCAUCUCACUGUGACCCCGUGAUAUGGAACUUGGGAAGAGGCUCCUUUUAGGUGGUCAGCCUGGGAAGGAUUUUCUGUGCAGGCAUGGACUGGAGAAAGAGAGUAGGCUUUGUGGUGUCAGUGAGGUUGGACAUUAAAGAUUCCUCAGAGACCCCUUCUGGAUGCCCUUUCAGCUCAUAGAAAUCAAGACUAAAGAGAUUACAUAUGGACACCUGACCUUCAGGGAUGUGGCCAUUGAAUUCUCUCAGGAGGAGUGGGAGUGCCUGGACCCUGCCCAGAGGGCCUUGUACAGGGACGUGAUGGUGGAGAACUACCGGAACCUAGUCUCCCUGGGAAGCCUUUCUGCUGGAUUUGCAAUCAAGAAAUUACCACCAAAAGAGGACAUUAAUAAAGGAGAAUCAUACCACUUAGUGAUAUUGGAGGGAAAUGAAAGCCAAGGCAUCAAGGAUUUUGAUCUCAAGGAAGUCUGGGAAAAUAUGCAUGAGUUUGAGAGUCAGUGGAGAUACGAUGCAAGAAAUUACAAAGAAGUGCCUUUGACACAUAACAAAAAUCUCUCUCAUAGAAAAGAUCAACAGCUUAAUAAAUCCCCAAUUACUUUUCCUCCAAAGCAGAGUACUUCUGUAGGAAAUCAUACAUACCAAUAUCUCAUGCAUGGUGAGCCAUUUGUAAGGCAUUUGUUAAAACUGGAAAAUAACAUAAGUGUUGCUGGAAACUGGUACACAGACUGUUUGGAAAACAGAACUGGGUUAUGUUUACACACACACCUGGCUGAACUGCAGAGAUUUCAGACUGAGGAAAAAAUGUAUGAACGUAAUCAAGUUGAGAAAUCUUUCAACAAUGGUUCCUCUGUUCCACCACUUCAAAGAACUCCUUCUAGUAUCAAAAACAUUUGGAAUAAAUAUAGGAAGAUUUUAAAAUAUCCUUUGUUACCUGCACAAUAUAGAAGAGCAUACACUAGGGGAAAAUCUUACAAAUGUAAUGACUGUGGGAAGGCUUUUAGCAAAAGCUCAAACCUCAUGAGUCAUGAGAGAAUUCACUCAGGACAGAGACCUUACAAAUGUAAUGAAUGUGGCAAAGCCUUUACAGAGCGCUCACAUCUUACUCAACAUAAGAAAAUCCAUACUGGAGAGAAACCUUACAAAUGUAAGGAGUGUGGCAAAGCCUUUAACCAAUGUUCAAACCUCACUAGGCAUCAGAGAAUCCAUACAGGAGAGAAACCAUAUAAAUGUGACAUAUGUGGCAAGGUCUGUAGUCAAAAUUCAAACCUUGCAAAUCAUCAGAGAAUGCAUACUGGAGAGAAACCUUACAAAUGUAAUGAGUGUGGUAAGGCUUUUAUCCAACGGUCACACCUUUGGAGUCAUGAGAGAAUUCAUACUGGUGAGAAACCUUACAAAUGUAAUGAAUGCAGCAAAGCCUUUGCUGAACGUUCAAGCCUUACUCAACAUAAGAAAAUCCAUACUGGAGAGAAACCUUACAAAUGUAAGGAGUGUGGCAAAGCUUUUAAGCAGUGCUCACACCUCAUUAGACAUCAGAAUACACAUCCUGGAGAGAAACCACACAAAUGUGAUGUUUGUGGCAAAGCUUUUAUCCAAAGUUCUAGCCUUCUAGAACAUCAGAGAAUUCAUACAGGAGAAAAACCUUAUAAAUGUAGUAAAUGUGAUAAGGCUUUUAUCAGACGGUCACACCUAUGGGGCCAUGAGAGAACUCAUACUGGAGAGAAACCUUACACAUGUAUUGAGUGUGGCAAAGCCUUUGCUGAGCGUUCAAAUCUUACUCAACAUAGAAAAAUCCAUACUGGAGAGAAACCUUACAAAUGUAAUGUGUGUGGCAAAGCUUUUACCCAAUUUGCAAACCUUACCAGGCAUCAGAAAAUACACACUGGAGAGAAACCACACAAAUGUGAUGUGUGUGACAAGGCUUUUAUCCAAAGUUCAAGCCUUAUGGAACAUCAGAGAAUUCAUACAGGAGAAAAACCUUAUAAAUGUAACAAAUGUGAUAAGGCUUUUAUUAAACGUUCUCAUCUUUGGGGUCAUGAGAGAACUCAUACUGGAGAGAAACCUUAUAAGUGUAAUGAGUGUGGCAAAGCCUUCACAGAGCGUUCACAUCUUACUCAGCAUAAGAAAAUCCAUACCGGAGAGAAACCUUAUAAAUGUAGUGAGUGUGGCAAAGCUUUUACCCAGUUUGCAAAACUUACUAGGCAUCAGAAAAUACAUAGUGAAAAGAAACAUUAUAAAUCUAGUAUGUGUGGCAGUGGUUUUACUCAAAACUCAAGCUUUGGGGAUCAUCAAAGAACUCACAAUAGAAGGAAACCUUACAAAUAAAAUGAUUAAGCAAGUGUUCAAGCCUUAUUCAACAUCAGAGAUUCCAUAUCAUGGAGAGGAACCAUAUGAAACUAAUGUAUGUGGCAAAACUUUUAA